CAGAAAGACAAUAAAACAAUGAUGUUGCCACAGCGUCUUGUGUCCAGAGCUUGCUCCUUGUGCACUCUCGGAUCUCGCCGGGCGUCUACUUCCAACGUUUCUCGACUGAGAGGCACUCCACACCUCAAGCGCAAACUGGGCCAGCAUCUUUUGGUCUCCGAUGGCAUAUUGGACCAGAUCGUGGCAGCUUCGGACCUUUCGGACACCAGUUCGGACCCAGUGCGAGUGCUGGAGAUCGGCCCUGGAACGGGCAACUUAACGUCGGCACUGCUGCAAGUAAGUCCCAAGAUGCACGUUCAUGCAGUGGAGUUCGAUCCCCGCAUGGUAGAGCAACUGAAGCUCCGAUUUCCGGCCGAGAUCGAGUCGGGCAGCCUCGUGUUGGAACAUUCCGACUUCGAGGAUUUCCGCUUUGUAGCCGACACGUACCAGGAGAAGCCCCAUGAGGAAAAGUUUGACGCCUGUGUUGCCAAUAUCCCGUACCAACUGUCCUCUAUUGUGGUUUCAAGACUCUCGAACUACAUGCAUCGCUUCCCAACGACCUUCAAGUGUGCUGUAUUGCUCGUACAAGAGGAGUUCGCGCUGAGACUAUUAGCUGAGCCUGGUAACAAGAACUACAGUCGGCUGAGUGCUAAUACGGCACUUGUAGCCGAUGUUUCGUCGGUCGUAAAGGUGCCGAGAGAGCACUUCUUGCCCCCUCCAAAGGUGGACUCGCGCGUGAUUAAACUCGUGCCUCGUGCUGCUUCGACCCCCGCUUUGCCAUCAGAUGACGAGCUGUUUUUUCAGAAAUUUGAUGCACUAUUGAGACUGUGUUUCCUACGCAAGAACAAGACGUUGAGAGCUUUGUUGCUUGCCAAGACGGCGAGGUCUCAAUACGUGUUGAAGGAGGACACUCUAACAGAAGGUGAAGACAAGCAUCAGGCCGUUACGGAGCGUGUCGAGGCUGCAUUAGAAGCUAGCGGACUCAAGUCGAACCGAGCGGUGAAGGUUUCUGUAGCCGAAUUCGUCAAGCUGUUGCAGGAACUACGUGAGCGUGGGAUCGACCUACGCCCAAGCACGACACGCCAUUUUCAGGAUUAGAGUAUCGAUUAGAGUUGUCUGUAAUUUGCAGCUAAAAUACAGAUUCAUGUAAUCUUCCUGUAUUCCUAU